AGCACCUAUCCUCCUCCACUGGUAGCUUAUCUGUUCGCGUUCUCCACCACCAGGCGUACGCACCACUGGCGAUCUCCGCGGAGGCGGCUGAGUCAACCGGCCGCCCCUCUACCCCCCGCUCCGGUCCCUGCGGACGCACGCACUCCACGAUGUGCUGCGGCGAUAGGAGGCGCGGCUCGGUCCCGCGGCGGCUCGCGCGUCGCUGCCGCAGAUAGCAAGAUCUUCUCCCCCUCUGGCCGUGCGCCCGGCCUGCUGCUCCUGGGAGGUCGCGCCUCGCGGCACCGGCGGCGGCGGGAGGGAUGCCGUCCCUGCAGCUGCUGCAGCUCACCGAGCGUGGUUGCGGGCUGCUCGUGUCCCGGAGGAGGACGCUGGCGGUUGUCUCCGGCGCGCUGGUCGCUGGCGGGGCGUUGGCGUACGCGCGGUCGGGCCGAUGCCAAAGGAGGAGAGGCCGUCUGGAGGCCGCUGUCAAUGAUGGUGACGAUGCAUUGGGCAGGAAUGGGGAGAGGCUGGGUCACAACGACACGGAUGGCCGGUUGGUCGGGACGAUGAAGCGGAGGAAGAGCGCGCUGAAAUCUUUGCAUUUCUUGGCUGCUAUCCUGCUCAAGAAGAUUGGACCGAGUGGCACGCGAUACCUUCUUGGCUUGAUGUUGACAGCCGUGGAGCCACGAGACAGAGGAGGCUAGGAGAAAAGGAGAUGCCGGAGGGGAGCAACCCUGGCCGGUCGCUGGCUUCGACGUGGCGGACCAAGGCGGCAUCGAUGCAUAAUUGGGUGGGGGCGAGCGAAAUCAGGCCAAGGGGGCGCGCGAGGAGAGGAAGAAGUCAUAGCCUGCAGGCCCCGUCGUCUCCAUCCACUAACCCGGGAGGAGGGGCUCCACCACCACGGCAUGGGGACGCCGCCCCAAAUGGAAGGGAGGGGGUGAUCCCGUCGGUGCUAGAGCUUGGUAGGGUAGGGGACGGGGCGUGAUCGAAGAGGCAGGGACGGCCCAUCUUAGUGUCAGGAUGUGGAAGGCUUCGUGGAAUAUUAGAAAAGUAAACGACGAAGAUAAGGCUAUGAGCGAGCGCCAGCCAGGCUGCUGGUUUUUUCUAGCCAACCGACAUGUUAGAUCGCU